AUGGGAACCCGCUUCCCCCUCCUCCUGCUGCUGCUGCUCGCCAGCGUCCCCGCCUCCCGCUCGCGGGGCUGCUGCGGGGGGAGCGGGGCGGGGGCCCCGAGCGGGGAGCCGCCGCCGCCGCCGGAAGCGGGGCCCGGCGACGCCCGGAGCGGCUGCUGCGGCAGCCGGCGGCUGAAGCUCGGCCUCAUCUGCGCGCUGGGGGCGCUGGUGAUGGUGAGCAACGGGGCGGUGCUGGCGGUGCUCGGCUCGGCCGUGGCGGGCUGGAGCCGCAGCAGCCGCCUCACGCUGCUCUCGCUGGCGGCGGCCGACGCGGCGCUGGCGCUGCUGGUGGUGCCGCUCAACCUGUACGGCGGCCUGGCGCGCGGCGCCCCGCCCGAGCCCUACUGCCGGGCCGCGGCCUUCCUCAACGCCAGCGUCUUCGGCGCCGCGCUCUACUCGCUGGCCGGCGUCUCGCUCGAGCGCUACGUCGCCGUCUUCUUCCCGCUCCGCCACGCGCGCCUGCUGGGCCGGCGCCGCCUCGCGCUGCUGCUGGCGGCCGCCUGGCUGGGCCCCGCCCUGCUGCUGCUGCCCGUCGCCCUGCCCGGCCGCGCCGCCGUGCUGCGCGUGCGCUUCUCGGCCGCCGCGCUGCUCUGCGAGCCGGACUACGGCUCCAACGCCGCCUACGCCGGCCUGCUGGCCGCCGCCAUCUUCUGUCCCGCCGCGGCCACCGUCACCUUCGCCAACCUGCGCCUCUGGCAGGCGGCGCGCGCCCAGCGCCGGCGCGGCGACGGGGCGGGGCCGCCCGGCAAAGGGGCGGGGCUGAGGCGGCUCCGCCUGCUGCAGCUGGACGCCGCCUCCCGGGUCCUAGUGCCCGUCGUCGUCGCCUUCUACGUGUGCUGGGCGCCCUGCAUGGCCACCAUCCUGUACAACGCAGCGAUAACAGUGAUUUACGACGGCCCCAAGGUCACAGCCUGCACGCCUGAGAUGCUCUCGGGGCACCAGGCCAGGAGACAGCGGCGUCACCUCAAAGAUCCGAGAACUGCUGACACCACCCGGAGCAAUGGGACCUUCGGCUCCCUCCAGUGA